UGGCCGCGCGAUUGGUGAUUGAAAUUCGGCGUAAAAGCGUUCUGCUGAUGUGAGCGGAAGUUGAGGCAUGCAGUCGCCUGGUUUCGUUUGCCUGCGUAGCCUCGUAGUUUGCGCUGCAAGGUCUACACAUCAUGCAUCCUGGAAAAAAGGUGCUGGUGCUUGUUGUCUUGAGCGGCCUGUGCUUUGCCGUCGCCUUCGGCGCUGCUGCGGGUAAAAAAAACAAAGCCGCAGCCCCUAAAACCAAUGUCGAGCAAGAAAAGCCGAAAAACAGGACUGUAAAUGCAUUACGAAAUUCUUCCUCGGAGCCGAAAAAAGCAGCUGUUGGCAUAGCACAAAAAUCAGGUGGCGUGAAGGCGAGCGACGGUAGGAAAGGGGUGCAGCAACGCGUUUCCACCCCAAGGAAAAGAACCACGCCGAGGAGGAGGAGGAGACGAACGACGACGCCGGUUUACGACGCGAAUUACGACGACACCUAUCCGCAAAUUCCGCUCAGGAACAGGAACAGAAACAAGAAGCUGCCCCCCGGAAUGAUGGUCGUGUUCGCUCCGAUGCCGCCCAGAAAACCGAUCAAAAGGCCAAUUUUCUUGAACAAACUGUCGACACGAACAACGCCCGAGUGGAAUCCCAGUCCGGAGCAGCCUUUCUGGCCCGGCUCCGAGCAGUGGAAUCAGACGGUCAGUCCGUACAACUACACGAUCGACUACUAUCAAUUCUGGACCACUUACUACCCCAACUACAACUGGAGCACCUUCUACCAGCACGACUACAACAAUUACACCACGGAGAACUAUUACUAUAGCACGGCGAAUUAUUAUUACAAUUAUAGUCAGUACAAUCAGGAAUAUUCUCCUGGCUUCUCGCCUUCCUAUGAGAACGUUCAAAAUUAUACUUCUUGGCCGCAAUUUUACUACCAAACCAAUUUCACCACCGUUUUCCCGAAUUACAACUGGAGCGCCGUCUACGGAAACUAUUCCACUUAUCAGUCCAAUGACUGGUCCACCUUUUCCUUUGGAAAUUACAGCAAUUACGGUAAUUACACUACUAUGUCUUACUUUUGAUGGCAUGGCUGAGUUGACACAAUAAAUUGGAUCAUUCGGAACGGAUUUGGAA